AAGACCUUUUUUUUUCUUGCUCUUCUUCCUUACGUGUAAAGAGAAGUUUAACCAACAAGCUUUUUGACUUGUUUUUCCAAAUACAGAGCAAAGUCUAUUUCUCUAUCUUCUUCCUCUGUACAUGUCAAUGAAGAACUUGGGCAACAAACUUUUGACUCCUUUGUCCCUAAAAUCGGUCCAAGUUCAUAGCAAAUUCACCCCCUUCUUCUCCUUCCUUGUGUGGCAGAAUUUAUGACAGCCAAAUGUCUAAACCAUUUAUUCAUUUUUAUGACUCAUCAUGUCAACAAAUCUCUAUAAAUUAUCAUUCAAUUGUUCAGUAAUUUGCAAGUCCAAAACCCCAUCUCCAAUAAUUAGCUUAUUGCUAAUUCAAAUUGGGUAUUUUACAUUGAUUUCUCCUCUUUUUUUUCGUGAGCUUUGGACCUCCAUAGCCAUAUAAUUCGAGCUCUAUGCUUCACCAAAAUACCCACAAAGACCCCCAAUUUAACCAGAAACUUAUAACCUAAAAACCCAAAUCAUCUUACCAUUUUCCAGCCGUUUUCUCUCUCCUCGGUUCACCACCGCGGCGACACCACCUUCUGGCCGUUUCCGCCGCCCCCUUUUUAGGCAACCUCGCUAGCCACCGGAGUUUAUUUGUGCCGUGCUGCUUCUGUGCUUGCGCCUUCCUCCAUCGUGAGAUUGGAGCUGCUUGCUCUGUUCUUGUUGCUUUCCCAGCUUCUACACUUCAUCUCAUGUAAAAAUUACCCAAAGUUAAAAGGAAUGUUAUUUGCUAGUUGGAGUUGGGCCAAAUGUUCUAGUGGGCUACGUAAAGGAAAAAAAGGGAUGGGUAAGUGUUUUAGUUAAUUAAAGUUCCUCCAAUUAAAUUUUAUUGGGUAAAUAUUUCCUAACUGUUAAGUAUAUUGUUGAGGUUCUUUUGGAGUUGAUUAAAGGAAUUGGUAGCAAUGAUCAAGGAUCUUCUAAUUGGGUGUUAAAGUUAAGCAUUCGGAUUUGUAAUUGAGAUCGGCGAUGACUUCAAGCGGAAAUAUUCCUAUUGACGGCACUAGAAACGAUAACGAUGUUAACGAUGGCAAUGGUAAUCACAAAUCUGCAUUAGCGCUGGAAGGAAUGCAAGAAAGAAUUGAAGAAUUGCGCAAGGAUCCCAUUUUCGGGGACACUCCAGGAGAAACAAGCGAUAAUCGAAUGGAUUUAAUGAGAUUGAUAAUGUCGGAACUUCUGCAAGGAAAUCGUCAAAAGCCAAGGUCAGAGCAAGAAGAAUGCUCCAACAUGUUCAAGAAGUUCGCUUCUCAUAAACCCCCUACUUAUGAUGGCAAGCCAGACCCUACUGAAUUUGAAGAAUGGAUUAGCGAUAUGGAGAAGUUAUUUGACGCAACUCAAUGCCUCGAGAAAUGGAAGGUCAACUACGCCGUCUUUUACUUGAAAGGACAAGCCAACCUGUGGUGGAAAAGUGUUAAAGGAAUCCAAAAUGAGCCUGGUUUUGGUUGGGAAAAACUGACGGAAGCUAUGCGGGAACAAUUUUAUCCCUAUUCUCUGCAACUACAAAUGGAAUCGGAAUUUAUCAAAUUGAGUCAAGGAAAGAAGAAUGUUCUGGAAUAUGCAGUGAAAUUCAAUGAGCUUGCUCGAUUUGCCCCUGACCUGGUGACUACUAAUAGGCAAAGGAUGAAUCGAUUUGAAGGAGGAUUAAACAUUGAGAUCCGUGAUCGUCUUUCGAGUUCUAGAAUUUCCACUUUCCAAGAGUUGUACGAUCGAGCAAUUAACGUCGAAAGAAUUAUCAAGCUUCGAGAAGAAACAUAUGGAAAACGAAAAGGAAGCUUCGAAGAAAAUCAACCGAACAAUAAGAAACAAAAUGUCAAUGUCGGCUAUCAAGGAGGGAAUAACGGAAACCAAAACUUCAACAAGAAUCGUGGAUGCGCCAAGUGUGGAAGAUGGAACCAUACAGAGAAAGAAUGUCGAAUUGGUACGCGAGAUUGUUUCAAAUGUGGUAGCAAAGAUCACCAAAUCAAAGAUUGUCCGCAAAUACAUCGAGAGCAAGGUGAUAGGAGAAACGAUGAAAACAAAGGAAAUGGUGGCACUACAAAUUUCAACCGUAAUCCCCCACGUGGACCAACAUCGAAUGGACGAGUGUUUUUAAUGCAAGGAAAAGACGAUGAUGCAAAUGACAAUGACGACUUCGCUAGUAUGGAAUGAAGAAUGAAGCAUAAUGACCUUUUGAAAUCGUGUGAUCGAACAUCUAGAAUAUUUUAGAAUAAAUGAUGGAAAUUUUGAAAGUAAUAUGUGCUAAUCGAGUAUCUAACUAAGAUGUAUUACCAUCAUUAGUUAUAUGAAUGUUAUGCUUAUGUAUGAAAUUUUCAAUUAAAGAAUUAUGUGUUUAAGAUAUGCUUUAUGGACUAUGUUUAUGCUGACAUGAUUGUAUUGGUAAUAACUAAUCGUUACAUAUGAAAGUCGUCUUCGAUGGAAGUUCUCCUGAGCUCAGAGUACGAGAUUAUUAUAACAAAUGACUUUUAUAAAUUAUUUGACUAUUAUAAUUGUUAGGUAAAUAUUUAUUGUCAUUAUAUCUAUUUUCAUAAUUAUAUUAAAAACAUUACUACUUUUGGUAGAAAAUAUUUUCAAACGGGAUCUCACAAAGAAAAAUGGGAGCCUAGUCUAUGCUAACAAGUUUGCCCCUUCUUAUGUUCUUUGCUCCUCGAUCCUAUUUUAUGAAGUAAAGUAGAGAUACAAAAGACGAUGGCGGAAUAUAAUUGACCUUAAUGACGAUUAAGAUCAACAUACAAUUUUGCCCCUUUUGUAUUCUUUACUCUUCGAUUCUAGGUCUCGAGUUGAAGCGGAGUCAUUAAAGAAGAUGGCGGAAUAAAGGCUAGACAAUGUCGAAAUUGGAAUGAAAUUGUGAGAUCUUGGUUUUAAAAUAAAAUAUCGUACUUGUAUUCAAAUAUUUUCGACUUUCAACAAUCAAUUCAAGUUUCGAGGACGAAACUUUUUCUAAGGGGGUAAGAAUGUAAUACCCCAAAAUUUUUAAACUCGAUUUAUUAAAAUUAAUAAUAUUUUAUUAACGUAAUUUCGUUUUAAUUAUUAGAAAUAAUUUAAAAAUUUCGUUAUUUUAAACGUUUUUACGAUUUAUUUUAAACGAUAAAUUUAUAAACGAAAAUUUAUUUAUUUUUCGUUAAC